ACAGGGUGGGGGUGCGCCUCCUUCCUCAGAAGCUGGAGACCUCAGCUCUCCCGGGUCGGCCGUGGCUCUGCCCAGUGGGCCACCCCACAGAAGGAACGUGGCAGCAACCUCUGGGGCAGUCCUAUGCCACGUCCUCUUCGAGGCUGGCCUGGUGGCAGCAGCUGCCCCAUGCUCGUGGCCUACCUGCUGAGCACGGUGGUCGCAUCAGCUUGUUGAAAGCGGAACCAGUACUUACACAGGGAUUUCCGGUUUUCUAAAUGUUUCCACGUGUGGCAUCUUAUGUCCUCUUUGCAAUAAUCCCAGGAGGUUGUCAUCAUUGCCUGCCUUUUAAAGAGGAGGAGACUGAGGCUUAAGGAGAUUGUGUGAGUUGCCCAAAGCCAUAGAGAGCUGCCAAUGUUUGCUGGUCCCCUGUUCACGCUGCUCUGCUGAUCUGCCUUCGUGCUCGGUGUUGUGGGGGCCGCUGGACCGUCUGUGGCCCCUCUUGCAACCCGGUGACUUUUCUCUUUACUCACAUUAGAGUUCUUGGUUCCCCUACUUGAGAGUUUGCUCUGGACAAAGCCAAGUGUGCCCUGUGGGGGUGGGGAGGAAGAGGGCCGGCUGAGCUGCAGCAAAGACUCUGUUAUUGCAAACAAUGCCUCCACCCUCUUCGCCCUCCCCAUUUCCCCAGGGAGGGAAGUGCCAAGAACACCUGUGAAGCAAGGUGAGCACAUGGCUCGCCCCACCUGAAAGGCCAGCCCGGAACUUCCAGGCUGAGGCUAGCCCACUGCCUUCGUCUCCUGUGUUCUGGCUGGGUCAGUCCGUUCAUAAACCUCCCUACCGUGGCCAGCGUACAACUUCCCCUCCCCAUAUGCCUCCUCCCUGCCCCCGCCCUCAUCUCGUUGCUUUUUCUGACUUCUUUUCCACGUCCAGGCUGCUGCUAGUGUGCUGAUGUUGGUUUCAACCCGGACCUUUACCUGGUUGGGGGGGGGGGGGGAGCAGAUAGAAACUGGAUGUUUUGUCCCAGACUCCUGCUUCUGUCACGUCUUCCCCCCACCCCCCCCCAGCUCCCCACAAGAGAUAACACAGUUGCCAGCUGCCUCUAAAAUAUAACCAUAGCGACUACAGCUAAAAAGGGUCAGCAGAGUGAAACAGAGCAGAAUUAGUGUCGAGGACGAAGGUGGGGGUUACCUACUGCCUGCCUUGGCAAAGAAGAAUCUCUACCGGCAGCUAGGCUGUGCUGGGGCAGAAACUCAGGGCCCAGCUGCUCCAGCAGCUGGUGCCCCUUGGUGCCGAGGAGCUGGGAAUGGGGCCGGAGGGCUUCUCUGAGCUGGCCUGAGACGUGAGCCCCCAGCGGAACAGCAAGCUGGCAGUGAGGCUACAGAAGAGGGAGAGAAGGCAGAAGUUGGGCACCUGCCACGUGCAGUUUUGCUUAUGCGACAGCGGUCCUCACUCGGAGGCGAUUUUGCACCCCAGGUGACAUUUGGCAACCCCCGGGGGGGGGGGAGGGGAUGCUACUGGCAUCUCACUGGCAGAGGCCAGGAAUCCUGCUAAAUAUCCUUCACCGCUCAAGACAGCCCCUUGCGACAGAGAAUGACCCAACUCAAAAUGUCAGCAGCGCCGAGCUUGAGAGAGCCUACCCUACAACCAUCCCAAAGAGAAGGCCAGUUAGAAGCUGCGCCUGCAGAAUGAGCCUCCUCGUAAAGUUGUCUGUUCACCAACAAAGCUCACGUUGUCUGCCUCGUAAAAUGUCCGAGAUACGGAGAAACUUUUCACCACCGGACAAAGGGAGCUGUACCUGGAGGCCUGCAAACUGGUGGGUGUAGUGCCCGUCUCCUACUUUAUCCGGAACAUGGAGGAGUCCUACGUGAACCUCAACCACCAUGGGCUGGGACCCAGUGGUACCAAGGCUAUUGCCAUAGCCCUGGUGCCUGGCAUGAGCAACCAAGGACUUGACCUUGAAUUCAUCAUAGCCUUAUAUAAUUAUAAUUGAUUGUAUACAAACCAGCUUCCAUCCCAGUAAAACAGAUCAUAUAACAACUAUAUGUCAGCACAACACUGUUUGUUCAUUUAGGACGGUAAAGAGAAAGUUUGAUUUAAAAAAAAAAAACACUCAUUCAUUUUGGGGAAUAUCAUAGCAUUUGCAUUUGGCACAUGCCCGUUAAGAGGCCACAUGAAAUGUGAGAUUGUGCUGCUUUCUGGAGGAAGGAGGAAAGAGGGGAAGAGCACAGAAAGAACAAAGGCAUCUUGAAAUUUAUUGAGUGUUGAAAGACUGAUUAAUGAGGUGUUAGGAAUGCACCAUUACGGCCUGAGUUUCACGAAAAAACCGGAUAAUGCCAUUCUCUAGGGACUUGGGCUGCUUGCCUCUUAGUGACAACAGUUUCUGUUUGGGGGGAGUUUCUUUUUCCCUGAUUCUCUGUGUCACUAAUUUGACAAUUAAUCACUGUGACAUGCUGGGGGACUGAACUGCUAUUUAUCUUUUGUACUGUUUAACUUUGCACAUGUUGUGUUUCCCUGGCUCGGCUUAAAAGCACGCUGAUGGUAGUGCUCAUAUCUCAUGCUUCCCGUCCAUCUCUCACCUGCCUGCCUCGACGCCCUCGUGCUUGGAGGGGUGCAGGGAUGUCCUCUGCUCAUACUUGUUUCUCCAGAAACUGGCACAAAGAGUAACCAGCGGCCACUGGCCUGUGUGACGUGAAUGUGGACAGGCCUGGUGCGGGCUCUGCCCGCUGCCCCACACACUGCGCUGGUCCCCAGGGUGACUGUGCAACUGGUCGUCCGGCCCCUGAUGCUGGGCACUAACUGACACCUGGCCCCCUGAGCCUUGACCCUUGCCUCUGCACACAAUGGAAUUUUGCCUACCUUGGAGAGCUGAGGCCAGAAGGCACUUGGUGAAGGCCCUGGGUGGACUGUUAGGCGCUGUGUUAUCCGAGCUGUCACAUUUGCUCUUUGUGGGAGGGCUAGGACUCCUUCCCGGUGGCUGCCUCUCCCGCCGCUUGGUGCACUUUGAGAAUACCCAAAUCCAAAGAUGUGUCUAUUCUUCAUACCUUUCUGCACCGGAACUGAGGUGGGGAAGGGAAGAAUAACAGUCCUGACUAGAGCUGACCCCGGGCCCUCAUGCUGCACGUCGCUUCCUUUCAUCUUGCUGCCUGUGGGAGUGCUGACUAGCUUGGAUAUGGAUACUUAAGACUGAAAUCCAGGUCCUUCCAAACAGCCUUGGGACAACGUCCUGACUGAAAGUACCAGAUAAGCCAGAGCCUAAACUAGAAGAAAGACCUAUGAAAGAAACAGGCACAGUAAAUGCCUUAUGUUUAAAUAAUUUAUUAAAGGCAUCAACUUCUUCUUAAUGUCAGAGUUAAGUCACAGCUUCUCUCCUCCCUGAGAAAGAGCUACAGUCUGUCUAGCUCAUCCCUGUGCCCCACACUUUUUAGGGAUUUCAUUGUUUUUUUUACUUAAAAAUUUUUUUUUAAUGUUUAUCAUCUUAGAGAGAGAGUACUAGCGGGGGAGGGGCAGAGAGAGAGGGAGACACAGAAUCUGAAGCAGCCUCCAGGCUCCACACUGUCAGCCCAGAGCCCGAUGUGGGGCUCAAACUCACGGACCCUGAGAUCAUGACCUGAGCCGAAGUUGGAGGCUUGACUAACUGACUGAGCCACCCGGGCGCCCCAGGAUUUCAUCGUUUUAAUGUCCCCUUUCGAAAUUCCCCUGCAGAGCCCCCUUUGGUGGAGGUACCCAGAAUAAGCAUAUUGUGCUGGCAAAACUCAGCGGGAUGGAUCAUCCCUGUGCUUUCUCCAGAAUUGCUAGCCUGCCUCUCCGUACCCUCUGAAAAGGCUGGGACGGUCAAGAGAGAGGACGGGUUCUGGGAAAGGGCAGGGAACUGACUAGGUCGCCGACUACCUCUGUCUUUCUCCCCCUCCCCUUGUGGCGGCUGAAGUCCAACACGAGUGUUGUCACCCUGGAGCUGGCAGACAACUGUAUCAUGGAGGAGGGCACCUUGAGCCUGGUGCAGAUGCUGCAAGAGAACUACUACCUGCAAGACUUGAAUAUUUCCAACAAUGAUCUUGGCUUGAAGGGGGCCAGCACCAUCUCAGAAUUUCUUCAGAGAAAUACCUCUUCGCUCUUGAACCUCCAGCUUUCAGGAAAUAACUUCAAGGACGAAUCCGCAGAGCUGUUCUGCCAAGCCUUCUCGGCCAAUUACCGAAUUAAGACACUGGAUCUCAGCCACAACGAGUUCUCUGAUAAGGGAGGAGAACACCUGGGGCAGAUGCUGGCCCUCAAUAUAGGACUCCAGUCACUGGAUCUGAGCUGGAAUCAGUUCCACACACGGGGAGCUGUGGCCUUGUGCAACGGCCUCCGGGCUAACGUAACCCUGCAGAAACUGGAUCUCUCUAUGAACGGCUUUGGGAACGAGGGGGCUACGGCCCUGGGAGAGGUCCUCAGGCUCAACAACUCCCUGGUCUACAUAGACGUCAGCAGCAAUGACAUCAGCAACGAAGGAGUCAUCAAAAUCAGCAAAGGACUGGAGUUCAAUGAGAGCCUCAAAGUUCUGAAGCUUUUCCUGAACCCUGUGAGUAUGGAUGGGGCUACGUUACUUCUCCUGUCCAUCAAGAGGAACCCCAAAUCCAAGAUGGAGGAGAUUGACAUCUCUAAUGUGCUGGUGUCUGAGCAGUUCGUAAAAAUAUUGGAUGGGGUGUGUGCCAUCCACCCCCAGCUGGACGUGACGUACAAGGCAGUGCAAGGCUUCUCUGCCAAGAAAGAGCUGCUCUUGUGGACAAACCCCAUGAAACUGAUCCAGAGCUAUGCAGACCAGCACCAAAUCACGGUCAUAGACUUCUUCAAGAGCUUGAACCCUAAUGGAAGAAUGAUGAUGUCUGUGGGUGACUUCCGGAAAGCUAUGAUACAGCAGGACAAGGUCCCCAUGAACCCGUACCAAGUCAGGGAGCUGAUAAAGAAGCUGGCUGAGAAGACAGGCAUGGUGAACUUCAGCUGCUGGUGUCUGGGUGGAACCCUGAGGAUUAUGAAGCCAGGACAUAUCAAAAAUUGUGGACUAUGUUAUGGAUCAAUAAAAACAGCAAAGUUUUCUCCAGAUGCUUUUAAUGUAUCUCUUGCAUAAAAAUGAAAGGCAGCAAUUUUCUGAUCAAAUGUUAUGUUUUGUUUGGGUAGCUUUGAGAAAAUUAUGGAGAUAUAGGGAAGCUAAAAUCCACCCCCCGCCCCCAAUCCUCCAGGCCAACCCUCAACAUUACCAAUCCCAAGAAAGUGAAGGACGACAGAGUCAAAACCUGCCUGCAACAGUCUGGGAACCUUCCCAAAGUUGGAGUAAUUCUGACUAGUGGCCACUAGGUGUCAGGUCAGCUUCAAAUUCCUGGUGAACACACAGCUUCCAGAUCCUUACAGAACGCUUUGCAGCCUUUGUACUUUCUGUGAUCUCCCAAACUUCUGCCCACCACCCCCCAAAAGCCCCACACAUGAAAUCUGAGCCCGGGAGUGUCCAGCAGCCUGACACUUGGGCAAACCUCUCCAACGCUCAAUGUCCUCGUUGUGAAUUGCGGUUUCUAACAGGGAACUUUGCACCCGCGCUGUGAGGCAGAAAAUCAGGGGUGGGAGGGUAAAAACUCCGUAAAUAUUCAGUCCCCUCCCCCAGUCAGUCCACCCUGGAGCCCGGCAAAACCGCAAGAGGACACAGUGUUUCAUUUGGAUAGGACUGCACGAGGAACUCAUCCUCUAUCAGCUUGCCCAGUCUGGAGGCUGGUGGGCGGGAGCUGCAAGCCCAAGGUGGAGGUAGGGGAAUCUUGCAAAGUAGGAGAGGCCAGCGGGUCAAAAUGACCCAGAGGCAUUGGACUGCAUGCCCAGCACUGAAGGAGGUCAGGCUGCAAGCGAGGGAAUCAGCACCUGGCUGUGCCCCUCCUAACCUGCCCUAACUCGGUGAGCGUCAUGUGGUAGCUUUUUGUUCCUCACAGAAACCCGGUGCAGGAAGAGUUUAUUAUCCUAUUUUACAGUUGGGGAAACGGAUGCAUGGAGAAGUUAAGCAUCUCACUCAAGCUUUCUUGCUAGUAAGUGGGGAGGCGGAGAUUCAGGCCCUAACAAUAUAGAUCUGGCUCCCUGGGGUCUUACCCACUGUGCUUCCCUGCCCCCUGCGGCUUCUGUGCAGCAGCUCCACAUCCAGACCGGGGAGUUUAAAUGCACUUACUCUGUCUACACUGUGUCUACAACAGAGUGAGAACAACUAGAUUGAUAAGCAAGCACUAGCUGCAGGCCAGGAGGGAGGCAAAGGCGGAAGAUACUGUUCUAGUGUGGCUGAUUGCUGAAGCUCAGGUUGACAGGCCGUCCCCGCUCCCAGUAUUGGUCAGAAAUUGUGCCAGGGGAGGUAGGAUGGGAGGACAGAAGGAAGCACGUGGAAAGCUCUGUGCACCCGCGCCAUAAAGCAGUUAAGCAUACGGGGUUCUGGCACCGGACAUUUUGAGGUUUGAAUUGCGCCUGGUUUUCCCACUUAGCAGCUCUGUGACUUUGAGCCAGUCACUCAACCUUUCUGAAUCUCAGUUUCCUCACCCGUCAAUAGAAAUGAUAAUGGUCUCCCCUCCCCCACAAUUUAAUGAGAUUGUGCCGGCAUACAUACAAUAAGUGCUUCCUAGAAGGAUGACCUCAUCACAGUGGCUUUCCUUUCCGAGAGGUGGGGGGAGGGGAGGCCUAGGUCCUGCAGGGCACAAGAGGGGCCACACCAAGCAGCCAUCUUUGAAAUAUCUAAGUACUGGGCCUUUGAAACAUCAUGGGAAGCAUUGUCAUCUCAGGGUUUGGUUUAAGGCUUGCAUCAAAUCAAAAGAAUUCGUCCAGAAUCUUAGGAAUUAGAGGGAGGAGGGCAGACCAGGGACUAGCAGCGCCAUGUGGACAACGCAGGGGACAUGGUAAAGAGCUGGCAUUUUUCUUGGCUGCUGGGGUCUGAACCCCUCUUCCUGGGCUGGGAAUGCCUCACCUCAGGGGAGGGGUGGCUGUGACUUGCAGCCGGGACCCAGGAUCACACCUCCACCAGACGCUCAGAACGAGAAUCCAGAGCUAGCAUCCCCAAAAACCAAAGGCCACAGUGAAUUCUAACAGCUGCAACAUGGCAGCUGGAUGCGUGGCCUCAGAUUGGUGGCGAGACUGAUGCGGGAAACACAGGCAAAUGAAAACUUAAAUUCCCUUACGACCUACAGCCCAUCAACAAGUCCUUGACACAGGCAGGGUGACAUUCGCCAGGAACUCUGCUGCCUCAAUGCGAUACUUUGCUAAAGGCAAAAGGCAAUCUUAGCCUACUUCCCAGAAUCCUCUAAGUCUACUUUAACAUAUAAAAAUUCCUUUAGAAACUUCCUUUAUCUCUACCCCCCCCCCAAAUAUAUGUUAACCAUCAUCCUCCAAGCAUAUGGCCCACUGACAGACAUCUGAAGGGCCUCAUGACUGUUUACUAAACAGUAAUAACUGACCUUUUCCUAACAGCAGCUAGCCCCCUCAAAGUCCUGGAAACCUUGCUUCCAAAAUACCUUGGAGAAUUACUCUAUCCCUAACCUCCUCCCAACCUGAAGGAAUAUAUUCAGUCACCCGUCACAACCCCAGCACAGUUGUUUCUGCCCACGGGUCCUGUCCCCGUGCUUUAAUAAAACCACCUUUUCGCACCAAA